AUGGCAACUCACGUUAUGACGGCCACGACCACCGCCCCCGCCCCGACCGGCACGGCCGCACCCGGCAACCACCAAAUCUCCGUCUACGGCCAACCCUCACCCACCAACUCGUCCACUCCCACACCCGCGAAUAACUCUCCCACUUCCCCGCGUCUCACCACCGCCGCCCUCCAUCAGUUACCUCUUCAGUCCCGCCAGUUGCGUCCUCUCAAGGGCCCUCUCUACGUCCCGGCUGCACUGCGGCCCACCGAACGUCCUCAAAAGUCCUCGCCCAUCACCCCUCCGCGCAGUGUGCACGGUUCUCUCGACAGCCUGAACGAAGACACCGAACCCAUCAGUCGUCGCUCCACCAUGGAGAGCAAGUCCAGCGGCAUCAGCAAGGUCGCUGAGCACGAGUGGAUGAAGACCGAGCACUUGGGCGUGGUUACGGGCAUGCCAACCCGCGAUCACUGGAAGGCUGACGCUGCUUCUUCGAGCUGUGAUUCGCCCACUUGCCGCUCUUCGUUCGGCCUCUUCACCCGCCGCCAUCACUGCCGUCACUGCGGCCAUGUCUUUUGCUACAACCACACCCCUCAUCUCGUGCCUCUCGAUCAGAAUGCCCGCUUCCACCCCGAUGGAGUUCUCUCGCGGGCUUGUGAUCUCUGCUGGAGUGCCUACCAACGCUGGGAAGAGACUCGCACCGAUCGCCUGAACAAGAUUCAGAGCUCGAUCGACGCCAAGAGCGACGAGGCCACUCAGCCCGCCGAGGAUCUCGAGUCCAGUGAUACUUCGGGCCGAGCGGCUCUCAAGGCUAACCUCGGCCAGACGGCCGACGUGGCUGCCAGUGUUCCCCGUGACUGGAACUGGAGCACCUUUUAA